ACUUACAGCCGGUUUCCGAAACGUUAUUCAAAUCUUCGAUCAUCUAAUCGAGCUGUUAGAUUUGAUCAACUGUUAACCAGUGACGAGUUUCUCAAACGUCGAUCAUCUUAAAAUUAUAUGAUCGUAGAAAAUCGAUUAUCUGACAUACGAUUUGGUAUCGAUACUGUCACAAUCGGCUGUCAUCCUUCAAAAUUUCAUUUUAUAACCAAAAAAUUUAAAUCCAUAGUAAAUAACUACAUAAUUUAUAUAAUUAAAAAAUAUAUUAAAAAUGAGCAAUACAAACGGAAAUCCUCCACGCAAAAAUUAUACUGAGAGAGAGAGAGAAAUGUUUGCUGUUGGAAAUAAUUGGAAAAUACAAGCAUAUUAAAUUGAAAACAAAUAAUGUACCAAUGCUAUGUCCACCAACCAAAACAAUGAAACCUGGGAAAAAUAGCGCUGAAUUUCCCAGAACUCCCAAGCAGCUGAACACUGCAUAUAUAAACUUAAAAAGGGUCACUAGCCAAAAAGUAGCAGAGGAAAAUAUUCAAAAAUAUAAUGAGCAGAAGGUUUUGGACCAGUUGAAGAGAGACCAAACUGCGGACAAAAAAGACAUACUUGCAACAGGUGGUGGCACAUUUAGGCCUCGUCUCACAGAUGUAGGGGCACAAAUGUUGAGUUUGAUUGGCAAUCAAAUCCAACCUUUACCCAACAGUUGUGACAGUGCAUCUGGUUUCUUCACAUCUGUUGCACAAGACAGUCAAGUGGAAGUAGAUUACCUACAAUUGGAAGACACAUAGCAGACAUCCAAUGUACCCUCUACUUCCACUGUGCUGCUCAGUACACCCACGACAACUGCUGUCCUGCCCAAGAAGACAGCCAAGAUGUCUCAGGCUCGUUCAAAAAAUAAAAAAGUAAAAGAUAUAGGGAGCGAAACCCUUAAUGUAUCUUUUACAAAAAAAAUUGAAACAGCAAGACUAGAAAAAAGAAGUAAGAUAGUAUUUUUCAACAAGAAAAAAAGAAAUUUUAGAAGUAGAGCUUCAAAUAAAAAAAUUCGAUGUCAAUAAAUUAUUCGGUAAUAGUGGUUAGGUAUGUACCUAAUAAAGUAAUUUUAAAUAAAAAUUGUAAUUUCUUUAAAUAAUAAAAUUAAUAAAAAAUG